AUGACCGUCCCACCCCAGCACCACGUCAACGCACCGGCAGUCGCUUAUCCUCCUUCUGGAACCGCUUCAAGCUACAUAGGGCAAAUGAGUCCGACACCCGAUCCCGAUCCCACCCACUCAGCUGGACUCGAAAUACGACAUCGAUCAGAUAUCCAGUUGCGUGAACCACCAAUAGUUGAGGUCCCGUACACAGCGGGCAAGCCUAGGAACUAUCACGCAAGAAAGAAGAAGCCAGCUGCCAGCUCGUCUCGACCUCUAAAAACUCACACCACGCAACAACCCAGCGCGGCAACUCAAGGCGCACUAUCGUCAUUACAACUACCACCUCCCACUGCCGCCACUACCUCGACACUUUCCGCUGUCGCUGGUACUGCCGGGGCAACGGGAACUGGAACAAGCUCACGUCCUCAUAUUACUAUACGAGAUUCUGGAUGGCGCGCUCGUUUCAUCCUCUGGAUUUGUUGCGUUCCUAUUGAAAAAACAGACGAUCAGCAUUAG